AUUGAAAUAGAGCCCCAGUUUGAAGCAUAAGUGGGUAUGAGGCUAUAUUCUUUCCAGACCCUACAAUGGAGUUUCUGAGCAUUACAUGGAUUCCUUUGCUUCUAGUCCUCUUCAUUAGAAGUCUGUUAGUUGGAAAAGCAAGAAAAACAUCAAAACUCCCGCCUGGUCCAACUCCUUUGCCCAUCAUCGGCAACCUCCAUAUGCUCUCCAAACUUCCGCACAGAGAUCUGCACACCCUUGCCCAAAAAUAUGGCCCAAUUAUGAGAAUCAACUUGGGUUCUCUUCCAACAAUUGUAAUAUCAUCUCCGCAUAUGGCGAAACAAAUUAUCAAAACCCAUGAUCACAUUUUUGCAAGCCGUCCUAUAAUGGGAGACAAUAACCACAUUCUAAGCCCUCAGAAAGUUGCAUUCGCUCCGUAUAGCCCAUACUGGAAUUUCAUGCGCAAAGUCCUCGUCCGGGAGCUCUUUUCCCCCAAGAAAAUGAAGUCGUUUGCGUCCCUCAGAGCCCAAGAAGCCCUUGCCAUGACACAGUCCAUUCUAAAGACUGCGGCUACAAAUGCCAAUGCCGGUACAAAUCCCUCAGUUGUAGAUGUAACGAGAGAAGUAACUUUUUUCACAAAUAAUAUAAUCUGUAGAAUGUCAUUUGGGAAGAAAUGCAAUGAAGCUGAGCUGGGUGGGAAUCUGUUUAAGGAAGUUCUGGAUGAAGCCAUUGCUGUGUCAUGUGGUUUCAACUACAGGGAUUAUAUUCCCCUGUUGGGUAGGCUUGAUUUGCAAGGACUUAAGCGAAGACAGGCCGAGCUUACUAAGAUUUUUCAUGUGCUUCUGGAGAGAAUUGUGGGCGAGCAUUUACAAAGAAGGAAAAAUGGUAGCAAUUUGGAGUGUGAGGACUUUGUGGAUGUCCUGCUUUCCUUGUCUGAAGAUGGGUCCAUGGAGAUCAAAAUCACAUCAGACCAUAUCAAGAAUGUCGUUUUUGACCUACUGAUUGCAGGAACAGAUACAUCAGGAGCUACAUUGGAAUGGGGAAUGUCAGAUCUGCUUAGAAAUCCUUCUGCAAUAAAGAGAGCUCAAGAAGAACUUGACUCUGUAGUAGGACAGAAUCGUAUGGUAGAAGAAUCUGAUCUGCCUCAUCUUCAGUAUUUGCAAUCAGUGGUGAAAGAAACAUUGAGGCUUUAUCCCUCUGCUCCUCUGCUCCUUCCACAUGAAUCUAUGGAGCGGUCUACGAUAGGUGGGUAUCAAAUACCAGCGAAGACUGGUGUUCUUGUAAAUGCAUGGGCUAUUGGAAGAGACCCCAUCAUAUGGGAAGAAGCGAGUGAGUUCAAACCUGAAAGAUUUUUGCGAAGCCAAAUUGAUGUGAAAGGUCAAGACUUUGAACUCAUACCAUUUGGUUCUGGUAGGAGAGGAUGCCCAGGAAUACGAUUAGCAUUGCCUAUGAUUCAGCUAGUACUUGGACAGUUAUUGCAUUGCUUCAAUUGGUAUCUUCCAAAAGGAGUCACCCCCGAGACACUGGAUUUUUCAGAUUUUUUUGGUAUUACCAUGCCAAGGGCAGUUCAUCUUCUUGCAAUUCCAUUUCCACGCCUUCCAUUGAAGCUCUAUGAGCCUCAGUACUAAUCUAUGUUGAAAUGAGGUAAUCUGUUGUACAGUAUGUAAUAUAUUUCGUUGCUUGUUCAGGAUUUUCAUUAAAGUUGUCUGUGUCUAUGAGAGAGCUCUUUCCUACUGCAUCUUCAAUCAAAUUGUUUUUUAUUAAA